AAGGACUUGCAGAUUUGGUGGGUGGCCCGGAGUGUUGGGGAUUCGUGAAGUAAUGGGCAUAGCGACCGAUUCCUGUCCUCCACAGCCAUGGACCCCCAGCCCCUUGAAGGUGUAAAGGUUGAGACCGAGUCAGGUGAGCUCAGCCGGCUUCGGGCUGAGCUGGCAGGCGCCCUGGCAGAAAUGGAGACCAUGAAGGCGGUGGCGGAGGUGAGCGAAAGCACCAAAGCCGAGGCUGUGGCUGCAGUGCAGCGGCAGUGUCAAGAGGAGGUGGCCUCGCUGCAGGCCAUCCUGAAAGACUCCAUCAGCAGCUAUGAAGCCCAGAUCGCGUCCCUGAAGCAGGAGCGGCAGCAGCAGCAGCAGGACUCCGAGGAGAAGGAGCGAGAGCUGGGCCACCUGAAGCAGCUGCUGGCCCGGGCCCACCCCCUGGACUCCUUGGAGAAGCAGAUGGAAAAGGUUGGGGUCGGGGUGGCCUGUGUCCCCCUGGGCCUCAGGAAGGUGUUGGGUGGGAAUCGCUGGGUGGACGCAGCGUCCCUGAGCAUCUGGCUGAGGGGGCCAGGGGACGAUGGCACGGAGCCUGCAGGAGAGGGAUGGCCUCCCUUGGAGACUGAGACAGGUCUGGGUCUCUGGCAGGGCCGGCAACUGCAGAAGGACUUGGAGAGCGUCAGCCGCGAGCGGGAUGAACUGCAGGAGGGCCUGAGAAGGAGCACCGAGGACUGCGCCAAGCAGAUGCAGGUGCUCCUGGCCCAGGUCCAGAACUCAGAGCAGCUGCUUCGGACCCUGCAGGGGACCGUGAGCCAGGCCCAGGAGCGGGUGCAGCUGCAGAUGGUGAGUGCUGGGGACGUGUGGCAGGAGGAAGCGGGGUCAGGCUACUCCCAAUUGGCCAGCCUGGAGGGGCAGCUGCGGGUGCAGCGGGAGGAGACAGAGGUGUUAGAGGCCUCCCUGUGUAGCCUGAGGACAGAGAUGGACCGGAUCCAGCAGGAACAGAGCCAGGCCCAGCUCACAGACCUCCUCUCAGAGCAGAGGGCCAAGGUGCUGCGGCUGCAGGCUGAGCUGGAGACCAGCGAACAGGUGCAGAGGGACUUCGUGCGACUGUCCCAGGCCCUGCAGGUGCGCCUAGAGCGGAUCCGCCAGGCUGGGACUCUGGAGCAGGUGCGCUGCAUCCUGGAUGAGGGGUCCCUCAAGGAUGUGAGGGACAUCAAGGACACCUGAGGGGCCCGGCGAGAACCCAUCGAUCCCCGCUUCCACCCCCCCAGGGAAGACUGCCUUCCUCCAGUCCAGACCCUGAGGCCUGGGCUUGGGGUGUCAGGACGCAGCUCUCACCCUCUCCAAGCUUGGGAUUGGUGGCCCAGCGCCUCCUCCCGGAGAGGCUGGGCCUUCUGCUCUCAGGGAUGACACCGCCCCCUCCUGGAACCAAAGGGCAGGCUGAACCCUGCGGCUCUCUGGCUGCCCUGCCGUGCUGCCUCCAGCGCCCCCGCUGGCCAACAGCCACGCUGGCACAGUCGUCCCCGUCCAUCCCGAGGCACAGCCGAGCUGUGUGGUGGCUGGCAGCCUCUGUCAGCAUCAGUGGGUCCCUCAUGCACACCCUGUGACAGGCAGCUGCUUUCUGGACGCAUGACACUAAGACGCUUGUCCCUGGGGCCUGACGCAGGCCUCUAGACGUGCACGGAGGCGAGGCCAGAAUUUUCUGUCAUUUAUUUUCAAUAAAUAAGCAGCUCAGCUCA